GCAAGCUGUUGUGAUCUGAGCCCUUCACAAACCCCAGCACGCGCAUUCUUUCGGUUAAGCCUCAUUCGAGCCGCUUCUCGCGAUCCGUAAUCCUUGACCACUCAUCCUUGAUUGACUGUCGCUUUUGUCAAUCGUGACCACCCGCUGUCGACGCCGCCUCUCGACAGAAUUUUCCACACCUUCUCAUACAAACCUCUACCAGCUACCAAGCUCAUCAUCAUGUCUACCAAGCUCGACAAGCCUCUUGACGAGAUCGUCACCGCCCAGCGCCGCAACUCUGUCCGCCGUCGCUCUCUGCGACGCACGACGACUGGCCGCCCUCCUGCUACCGCCCCUGCCGGCGGUGUUCAAAAGACGGCCGCAAGGGCUAACCGUGGUGCUGCCUCAAAGGCCACUCCCGCCAAAGCUGCCAUUGCCCACGGCGAUAGCAAAGUCAUCGUCAGCAAUUUGCCCAAGGACGUGACGGAGAAGCAGAUCAAGGAAUACUUUGUUCAAUCUGUCGGCCCCAUCAAGAGGGUUGAGCUCUCCUACGGCCCCAACUCCCAGAGCCGAGGCAUCGCCAAUGUUACCUUUAGCAAGCCUGACGGUGCCUCAAGGGCACUACAGUCUCUCAACGGAUUAUUGGUAGAUGGCCGCCCCAUCAAGAUUGAAAUUGUUGUUGGCGCUGCUCAAGCCGAUAAGGUCAUUCCUCCGGUGAAGAGCCUGGCUGAGCGUGCAACUCAACCCAAAUCUCAACCCAGGUCUGCUGCUGGCAAGAAGCAGAAUGCUGCUGCAACCAAGGCCACCGGCGCCAAGGGAGCUGCUGCUGCUAAUGCCAACAAGAAGCGACGCGGCCGCAACGCUCGCCCGGCCAAGAAGACGGCCGAGGAGCUCGACUCAGACAUGGCCGAUUACUUUGUUAAUGCCAACAACAAUGAUGCUGCUGGUGGCGCCGCUCCUGCCGCUGCUCCUGCCAACGGAGACGCUCCCAUGGAGGAUGAGAUUAUGUAAUGGCAUUCUUCUUUUUUCAAUACUAGGUGUGACGGCGUUCCAUGGGGCCUCAUGGUUUAGAUAUCAAUGAAUAAAUGAGAAAAAAAAAUUGAAAACUGGC